AUGUUGCCCAACGGCCGCGGCGCCAUUGCGCAUGUCGAAUACUCGGGCGAGGAGGCUGCACCGGAAAUCAGGAAGCUUCUCGGCGCGGUGAUCGAAAAUGAGGACGAGUUCGAGAGAUGGGAGGUGCUCGUCACUCGCGCCUCCGAGCUCGAGGGCGGCGUCACCCGCAAUUCGAGUCCCUCAGCCAUUGAACUGGUGCGCAACGUUUACGACUGCUUUCUGCAGAAGUUUCCACUUUUCUUCGGGUACUGGAAAAAAUACGCCGAUCUCGAGUUCGCGAUAGGAGGCACAGAGACCGCUGAGAUGGUUUACGAGCGCGGUGUAUGCGCUGUCACCACUUCGGUCGACCUGUGGGCCAACUACUGCACCUUCAAGAUGGACACAUGUCACGACAAUGACAUCAUUCGAGAACUGUUCGAGCGUGGAGCUCAUUCUGUCGGCCUCGACUUCCAAAGCCACCCAUUUUGGGACAAGUACAUCGAGUUUGAGGAACGCGUCCAAGAACCUGGCAAUUCGACCAGGAUCUACAGCCGCGUCCUGCUCCUCCCCAUCUACCAAUUCUCCCGCUACUACGAAAAGUUCAACGCACUUAUUGGCACACGGCCAAUCGAAGACCUCGCCGAGCCCGACACCAUCGAAACCAUCAAGAACGCGAUGCAACUGGAGAAUCAAGGAUUCCCCGAGAAAGCUCCUCUUGAGCUUGAACGACAACUUCGUGAGAAGAUCCACGCAUACUACUACGAGUCGUACUCCCGCACACAACAAGACGUCCAGAAUCGCUGGGCUUACGAGCAGACCAUCAAGCGCGCGUACUUCCACGUCACCGAGCUUGAAGACGCCGAGCUUGACAACUGGCGCAAGUACCUCGAUCACGAGGAAAAGCAGGGCGAUUUCGAGCGCACCUCGUUCUUAUAUGAGCGCUGCUUGGUCGCUUGUGCCCUCUACGAUGAGUUCUGGCUUCGGUAUGCGCGAUGGAUGUUUUCUCAGGGCAAAGAGGAGAACACGCGCAUUAUCUACAUGCGGGCCAGCUGUAUCUUCGUCCCUAUCGAGGCUCCCGCGAUCCGUCUCAACUGGGCACGCCUCGAAGAGAAGCUUGGCCGUGUCUCGGUGGCUCGCGAGAUCCACACGUCCAUGCUCGAGCAGGCUCCAGACCACGUCGAGACCAUCAUCUCUUUGGCGGGCGUUGUACGAAGGCAUGAGGGUAACGAUGAGGCUGUCAAGGUCCUUGAGGAGUACAUUGGUCUGCGUAGCAGCCAGAUUGGCGGUGUGUUGAUUGCAGAGCAAGCACGUAUCUUGCUGCAAUGCAAGAGUGCGGUCGGUGAGGCUCGCCAGGCUUUCCAAGACAAGCACCAGAAGUUCUCUGAUUCAAAAGACUACUGGUACAAGUACCUACAAUUCGAGAUCGAGCAGCCCGCUACUGAUCCAGAAGAGGCUUACAAGCGGGUGAAGGCGGUGCAUGACUUGGUCCAAACCAAAGGACGACUUUCCCCAGAGGCUUCUAAGAAGCUCUCCCAUUUCUACAUGGACUUCUUGCUGAAUCGUGGCGGCAAGGACGCGGCCGAGGAGUACAUGAAACUGGACAGGGAGGUCAACGGGUAUGUAUCAUCUGCUUCAAGCGAUCCCUCCCAGUCCCACCCCUCGAAACGAAAGAAGCAGCCUCACAACGCAGCAAACAAGCGUCAACGCAAGUGAUUGCUGGGAUCCGACGCAUCAUAGCUUGAAGAGACGUGUGCUGCCACUCGAGCCAGCACCACCCUAGACACCUCGUCGCUUUAUUUGUUCGUAACCUUCGCCUUUGCUCCUUGCUAGCGAAAUGUAAUACACC